CUGGAGAGGGCGGUGAGACUAAGCAAGGACGAGUUCCAGAGGGAGGAGCGUCCCCCACCUGGCUUCAGCGCCCUCGCUGCUGGUCCGUCAUGAUCUCGAUGCAGAGCCCUCCAAUGGCUGUGAUAAGCCUUCUGUUCUUGGCAGUGAUGUACGUUGUGCACCACCCUUUGAUGGUCAGUGACCGGAUGGACCUGGACACACUAGCCAGAAGUCGGCAGCUGGAGAAGCGGAUGAGCGAGGAGAUGCGCCAGUUAGAACUAGAGUUUGAAGAGAGGAAGCGAGCAGCUGAGGAGCUGCAGAAGGCAGAGAACUUCUGGAGAGGAGACACAUCCAGUGACCAGUUAGUGCUGGGGAAGAAAGAUGGGGGGUGGCCGUUCCAGGCGGAUGGCCAGGAGGGGCUGCUGGGCUGGAUGCUGGGAAACCUGUGGAACGCUGGCCUCUUUUGCUUUUUUCUCAUCUUUGAGCUCCUGCGACAGAACAUGCAGCACGAGCCGGCCUUUGAUUCCAGCAGCGAUGAUGAGACGGAGGAGGUCCGUGUCGUGCCUGUCACCUCCUACAGCUGGUUUACCGACUUCCCCCCGAGGGAGGUCCUGGAAUCCUUUCACAAACACCACAUCCAGAACGCCACCCGGGACUUGCCCUGCACCUGCGAGUUCGUGGAGAGCUUUGUGGACGACCUCAUCAAGGCCUGUCAGGUGCUCAGCCGCCAGGAGGCUCACCCACAGUUGGAGGACUGCCUGGGCAUCGGGGCUGCCUUCGAGAAAUGGGGAACCCUCCAUGAGACCCAGAAAUUUGACAUCCUGGUACCCAUUGUUCCUCCCCAGGGCACUAUGUUUGUGCUGGAGAUGAGGGAUCUGGCCCUAGGCCGCCGCUGUGGCUGCGUGCGGGUCGAGUCAGAAUGCGUGUGCAAGCGCGAGAAGCUUCUGGGGGAUGUGUUGUGCCUGGUGCACCACCACAGGGACCACUCAGUCCUCUUGGGCAAGUGUAACAGCUCCAUCAAGUUGGCUCUCUGCACCGGCUCCUACCUGGAUGUGUGUAAGACCGUGCAGUGGUUCCGGAACAUGGUGGGCAAUGCCUGGGCCCUCGUGGCCCACAAGUAUGACUUCAAGCUCAGCCUGCCGCCGUCCACCACCUCCUGCAAGCUCAGGCUGGACUACCGCUCAGGCCGCUUUCUCUCAAUCCGCCUGGUCCUGGGUGUGCAACAGGAAGACACCUUGGUCUACCUGGUGAGUCAGGCCCCUGACCAGGAACAGCUCACCAGCGUGGACUGGCCCGAGUCCUUUGCAGCCUGUGAGCACUUGUUCCUAAAGCUGGUCGGGCGUUUUGCUCCCGAGAACACCUGUCACCUCAAGUGCCUCCAGAUCAUUUUGAGUCUCCGGGACCUUCAGAGUUUACCCCAGGGAGCAUCCCACCCCAUCCUCACCUCUUACCACUUCAAAACAGCCCUCAUGCACCUGUUGCUGCAGUUGCCCCUAACAGACUGGCAGCAUGACAUGCUCUCCCAGCGGCUCCAGGACAUCCUCUGGUUCUUGGGCCAAGGCCUCCAGAGAAGGUCUCUGCAUCAUUUUCUCAUUGGUAACACCUUCCUGCCCCUGACCAUCCCGAUCCCUAAGACAUUUCGUAAUGCUGAGCCCGUCAAUCUCUUCCAACACCUGGUGCUAAACCCCAUGGCACAUUCACAGGCAGUGGAAGAGUUCCACAACCUUCUGACCCAGGUGAAAGCUCUGCCCUGUGCCUCGCUGGCUGGGGCACAUUAAUGUACAGGCCAUUAAAAAGGGGGAGAAGGUAUUUCUGAUUC